AUGAUGCUCUUCACAGAAAUGGUGGGCAUCUUCGGCCCUGGCCAUUGCUUCAACUUGUCUGAUAACAUCACUUUCUUCAGUGGGGUUUUUACAGACGUGGAAAGUGUGGCAUUGUUUUUCGACUGCCUGGGGUCUCACUUCACCUGGCUUCAGUCCAUAUUCACCAACUUCCCUGCACUGCUCAACUUCGUAAGCAAAAUGAAGUGUGUGACUGGCAUUUGCCCAAGAGAUUUUGAAGACUAUGGCUGUGCCUGCCGAUUUGAAAUGGAGGGUCUUCCUGCGGAUGAAGUAGAUGACUGCUGCUUCCAACACCGGAAGUGUUACGAAGAGGCCACUGAAGAGGAGUGUGUGUGGGACCCUGCCAAGAUCACCACGGAUGUCAGCUGCCUAACAAAAAACAUCACCUGCGACUCUGACGAUUCCUGCAAUCGUUUUCUCUGCAACUGUGACAAAGCGGCUAUUGAGUGUUUUCUGCAUUCCCGAAUUAAUUCUUCCUUGAACAGCCUGGAUGUCUCCUUCUGUCCUUCUCUGGUUACAGAAACAACUAGUGAGACAAGCCAGACCACAGUUCAUGCUGCAGAGCUUCAGCACCAGCAGACUGGAGAGGCACAGUUGGCCGAUAUGUCUGUGGCACGAGAUGCCCCUCUGGAGCCCAGUGACCUGUUGCUGAGAAACCUGGAAGAUCCAGUUUGUGAUCGCUUGACUUUUUUCCAACUGAGAGACAAUGGAAGAGUCCAGCGGGAGCUGCCACAUUUGGGCGAGAUGCUCUAUUGUUUAACUGACCGAUGCCCAGAGGAGUUUGAGUUAUAUGGCUGCUACUGUGGACAGGAAGGAAGAGGCCACCCAAAGGAUGCUCUGGACAGGUGCUGCUUUUCUCACCAUUGCUGUGUGGAGCAAGUUAAGAAGCUGGGAUGCCAUCCAGAAAGAAAUUCCAGAUCUGAAGUGGUGUGUUUUGAUCACACGCCAAAGUGUAUUGGCUGGACCAUGUGCGAAAAGCUCCUGUGUUCAUGCGACAAGGCCGCAGCGGAGUGCAUGGCUUCUGCCUCCUUCAACGACAGCCUGCGCACUCCCGACCGACGGGCGUGCCGAGAGGACAAGCUGUUCUGCCGCAGGGCAGGGCACGAAAAGCCCCCAAGCGGUGCUGGGAUCGGGGCCAGCGUCUCCAGCGAGGAAGAGAGCAGCAGUGAGGAGGCAGAGCCGACGACAGAGGUUUUGAGAAGAGGAAGGAGGGCCGCACGCCACGCACAGGGAAACUCCAAAGCGGCCCCCUUGCAAACCAGAUAA